AUGAUGACCAACCUUACCACUUUGCAUCUUCAACCGUCAAAGUCUAGCAGAUUGAACAUUGGUAUGAUUCGCCAACUUCGACAGUUCUACGCUGGAACACUCACACUCAACACGCUAGUGCUCCACGUAACAACAGUGAAUGUGAUUCACUUGAUGCCUCAUUGUCGUACGACACCAAUCAAAUCACUCACACUGGCAUUCACUGACAUUGAUCAAUUGACCUUUCUCUUUGCCCUGGGCAAGUUGGAUGAUCUGUUUGGGGCGAUGGCCACACAUCUCCAACAGACCAUGAUCAAACAGUUGGAAUACCUCACCAUCUACAUCAUCAAAGAGUCCAACUCCGCCAUCAUUCCUUUCAAUAUCCAAUGUCUGUCAGCAUUGAUCACAUCGCUCCAACUUCAUUGCAUCAAUGAUCGUUAUCCAAUAAAUUACUACAGACUCGUGUCGUAG